AAACAUAUGUUUCAAGAACCAAACCAGAACCUUCAAAAAAUCAACGAACGUUUCGAAUUGACUACACUUUUGCCCUUGACCGAAUGGACCAAAAUGAUUCUCAGAACAUAUCUUACAACGAUUCCUGCGAGCUUUAGUUACUCAUAUUCAUCGUUUCGAAACAAAAUUUUGAAACGACUACACUUUUGCCCUCGUCCGUCUGGUCCAAAUGAUACCCAGAACAUAUCUUAUGGUCGAUUCCUGUGA